ACUAUGUUUAAACUUACUCCGCCGAGAACGUCACUCUUAUCCCAAAAGGUUUCAUAUUAAAUCUAUGUGCAGUUUAAUAUAACUUUACUAAUGCACCUCCGUGAACCAACGUAAUACCAUUGUCAAUGUCAUGGCACACUAUAACUUGCUUUAAUAAAUAACGUUCCUUAACAUGGAUUUCAUUAAUCAUCUUUUAAUAAUUACAAAAUUAUUCUGCAAAAUAAAUGAUAAAAGUGCAUCCCAGUCAAACAAAAUCAAACUUAAACAGAAGAAAAAGAAAAAGCGUAGUACUGACGAUUGUAACCACUGCGGAUCAAGUUCUGCCGCCGACGGCAUAGUUGGAGAGUCCAGUUUUGGUGAUGCUCAUCCAAACAUAUCCAUUGAAGAUUUAAACGUGCCAAUGGAUGACAUCAAUCUAGAACAGAAACCAGCUAAGACAAUUGAAGAAGCUUUGCACAAGCCAUAUCAGUUUUGGUGUACUCAGCCAGUACCUAAAAUUGAUGAAAGAGUUAUUUCUAAUGAACCUAUCGUGUCACCCGAAUUGCUUAAUGUGGAACCUUCAGAUUUAGCAGAAAUUAGCUUACCUAAUGAACUUAAAUGGGAUACUUUAAAUUUAAACGAGCCUUUGGUCUUAAAGGAAUUGUACGCGCUGCUAAAUGGAAAUUAUGUGGAAGAUAAUGACUGUAUGUUUCGCUUUAACUACCAAAUGGAUUUUCUGAAGUGGGUACUCCAUCCCCCUGGUUUUAGACAAGAUCUACUCUUAGGCAUGCGGAAGUUCAAGUCUGGAAGAUUAGUGGCAUUCAUUUCAUCUGUGCCUGUCCGAUUAAGGAUUUAUGAUCAAGUUCAAACUGCUGUUGAAAUGAACUUCUUUUGUGUACACAAAAAACUUCGUUCAAAAAGGUUAGCCCCAUUUCUGAUGAGAGAGAUGUAUAGAAGAGUUAAAUUAAGUCAGAUAUACCUAGCUGUUUACACGGCUGGUAUCGUGUUACCUAAACCAAUUGGUACAUGCAGUUAUUGGCUUAGAACCCUCAACCCUAAAAAACUGAUUGAUGUUAAAUUUACUCAACUGCCAAGAAACAUGACCAUGAAAAAAACUCUGACACUUUAUAAACUCCCAGAUUUGCCUAAGAUAUCAGGUUUUCGAAAACUAGAGCCACAAGAUUGUGAAAAAGCGUUUACAUUGUUAAAACACUAUUUAUGUAAGUUUGAUUUGACUCCUGUCUUUAAUGAGGAUGACUUUAAACAUUGGUUUACGCCGCAGCCAGAUAUUAUUGACAGCUUUGUUGUGGAAGCAACAAAUGGAUCUAUCACAGACUUUGUAAGCUAUUACACAUUGCCAUUUACUAUGGUAGCUCAACACCCCGUAUACGAUAAAAUAAAAGCCGCUUACGCAUUUUAUAAUGUGUCAACCAAAACCCCGUGGGUAGAUUUAAUGCAUGAUGCGUUGGUAACUGCAAAAAACUCAGGGUUUGAUAUCUUCUACGCCUUGGACCUGAUGGAUAAUAAGGAGUUCUUGGAACCACUGAAAUUUCGCUUAGGUAAUGGUAACUUGCAGUAUUAUCUGUAUAACUGGCGGUGUCCUAGCAUGACACCAAAUAAAAUUGGUUUAGUGCUACACUAACGAAAUAAUAAAUGUAUUUUUGAAGUUUAGUUAGAAGUUUUUUAUUCAUUUCAUUUGCAUAUCUUUUCAAAAUUAUCGCAAAGAUACAUUUUAUUUGUAUAGUUUCAAAUGUUAGAAAGUUACCAAAGUGAUGGCAUAGUCUUAUUUUAAUAAAAUUGUUAAUUGUUGAAGUAGUUACAUAUAUUUUAUCAUACAACUAAUAGUGAAAUUAAAAAUGUUCAAACAUUUGACAAUUUGAAAUGAAGCCUUUAGUCGUCAUAAUGUAUUUGAUAUCAAUCUGAAUAUCAGAAUGAUAUUUGGAUGAUGUCAUUGAAAUAUCAUUCUAAUAUUCAGUGUACGUUCGAAUUGGCCUUUAGAGUAAAUUAAAUUGUCGACGAUUUUCAACAGAAAAUUUUGCAAUUACAAUCAAACUUACUAGUUAUCAAAA